UUUCAGAUAAUCACAAAGACUGUUCUGGUGUGUCCUUACACCUUACACGUCUGCUACAGCCUUUAAUUGCUGGCAUGUACCUUAUGAUGUCUGUUGACACUGUUAUACCAGCAGGAGAGAAAGUGGUGAAUUCUGACAUUUCAUGCCAUUAUAAAAACUACCCAAUGCAUGUCUUUGCCUAUAGAGUUCACACCCACCAUUUAGGUAAGGUGGUAAGUGGAUACAGGGUAAGAAAUGGACAGUGGACACUGAUUGGACGUCAGAGCCCCCAGCUGCCACAGGCUUUCUACCCUGUGGAACACCCAGUAGAUGUUAGUUUUGGUGACAUACUGGCAGCAAGAUGUGUAUUUACUGGUGAAGGAAGGACAGAAGCUACACACAUUGGUGGCACAUCUACUGAUGAAAUGUGCAACUUAUACAUUAUGUAUUACAUGGAAGCCAAGCAUGCAGUUUCUUUCAUGACCUGUACACAGAAUGUAGCUCCAGAUAUGUUCAGAAUCAUACCACCAGAGGCCAAUAUUCCAAUUCCUGUGAAGUCUGACAUGGUUAUGAUGCAUGGACAUCACGAAGAAACAGAGAACAAAGAGAAGACUGCUUUACUACAGCAGCCGAAACAGGAAGAAGAAGUGUUAGACCAGGGUAUGUACAUUUAUUUCUGUAACUAGGCCUAAAAAACGAUGGAUUAUCCAAAUAGGCAACCAAAUGGUAAAGUUACUUAGAUAUUUUAGGUCUCUCUGUAUCAACCUCAUACCCUAUGUAUUGCUGUUUUUAUAUAAUGCAUAAUUCAAGAGGAAAUGGUCAGUGAUUGCACUUCAGCCUUGAAAGUAAAAUUUAUUAGUGUAAUUUAAUCCCAUUA